AUGAAAGGCGCUCAAAUUUUAGCGAUGCUUGACCAGGGUCUUCGACUAUCACGACCAACGCGAUGUCCAGAGGCAAUCUACAGUGUAAUGCAACAAUGCUGGAAUGCCGAAGGUGUACAUCGGCCGUCUUUCUCCGAGUUAGUUCUUACAAUGUCGCGAUUGGCUAAAGGACCUCUCUUUCCCAACAACUUUUCCACUUGCCAUGCUGAUAAUACUGACCAGCAACAACAACAACGCGGAAGUUCCACAAAAACGACUGAAAGUGGCGAUUCAUCCGCGUGUGCCUUUGCCUUCUUUUGA